GGUAGUGGGUGAGUGUGCGUUGAAAACAGUCGCCGAGUCGCAGACCACAGCUUGGUUCUGUGCUUCGACUUUUCUUGGUAUUGAGCCUACUCCCAAUUUGGAGGUGUUGUGGUUUUCUGGGUUGAGUCGGAGGAGUGGUUGCUAGAGAAUGUGUCAGUGAGAAUGACGACAUGAGCUCCGAGCUUAGACGUGGGUUGAGGCCGAAGAGAAGGAGUGGGUGAGCGAGAGAGAGAGAUAGGGAGUGGCGUUGAGAGGGCGUGUUUGAGACUGGGGUUUGUUGUUGUGGCGAUGGGGAGCAUGCGCGCGGUUGCAAGGAGGCAUGAGUUUGCGAAUGUUGCAGUAGCAGUGCUGCUCUGCGCCUUGCUUGUGCACGGUGCCGGUGCCGACAGUUCCCCUUGGUAUGUGGAUGCGGCCUUGAGGGCUGAUGCGGACGCGCUGCUGCAGUUCAAGGAGGGGUUGCAGGAUCCGAACGGCGUGUUGCGAAGCUGGAAUUAUCUGCAGACUCCGUGUUCAUGGCUCGGGGUGGAGUGUGCCCGCGUGGGGACCGACCACGUUACCCGCGUGGUAGGGUUGGAGCUCAAGGAGGCCAAGCUGAAGGGCCACAUCUCGUUCAAGCUUGGGGAUCUUUCCGAGCUCGAAGUGUUGAAUUUGAUGGGCAACGAGCUCGAAGGCUUCAUUCCGGUUGAGCUGGGCAAUUGCAGGCGACUCAUGUUGUUGGAUCUGCGAAAGAAUGACUUGGUUGGGUCCCUCCCUCCCGGUAUCCUCACCCUCUUGCCCAAUUUGUUGGAGUUGUCUGUCUCCGGAAACAAGCUUUCCGGUCGUCUCGACCGCUUGAUCGAGUUGCAUCUGGCUCCCGAGAACGCUCCAUGUGAUCAUUUGAAGCUCUUGGACUUGUCGCACAAUCGUCUCACGGGCAGCUUGCCGAGGCAGUUGCACGAGUGCUCGCAACUUGUGGAAGUUUAUCUUGGUUCCAACCUUCUUGUCGGUGGCAUUCCGGCUGAGUAUGGGAGACUUGUCAAUCUUGAAGUUCUGGAGGUCCAGAACAAUAUUUUGGAUAGACAACUUCCUCAAGAGCUGAAGAGCUGCACGAAGCUGCGGACUUUCAAUAUGGCCGACAAUUUCAUAGUGGGUGAAAUUCCGUCGUCUUUCGCGGAGCUUCGAGAGCUCCGAGAAUUUGAUGUAGCGAGAAAUAGGUUGUCUGGGCACAUCCCCCAAGGCAGGUGGGUGCGUGAAGCUCCCAAGUUUCGUGGGAACGACGGCUUGUGCGGUUCACCUUUACUGACUUGCAAAGAUGAAGACGUUCUUCAGGAGUUCAAAUCCCACGUGAACAGUCUUUUUUUCAAGGGGGGCGAAUUUGUCCGAGGCAGUGUCAGCAAGUAUUUUGAAAACACCUCUCAGCCACGAACGCAAGUUGGGGUGCGAAGGUCCUUGAAAGCUGCAUCAAAGAACCGCCGCAGCAAAGGCGCCCGAUGGGGGCUUGGAAUUGCGGCAGGAUUAGUCACUGGGGCGGUAGCCGCUGUCCUUCUCGCACUCAUAAUACGCGUUGUGGUGGCGUUUGCUUCGGGCACUGAGAAUCUCAAGAAGCCCAUAAUCUUCGAUAAGAAAAUCACGCCCCACAUGCUUGCUUUCCUCGACAAGGAGGACGCAUUAGCUGGCUGCCGUCUCCUUGGUGCAGGAGGAAACGGGAAGGUAUACCAAGUUCCUCUCCAGGAUGAUCUCGUCGUGGCAAUAAAAUGUGUCCGCAUCGCCUCGGACGAAGCUGAAGAGGGUUCAGACUCCAGCCAUGACGCGAAGCAGAUUCGUGCAGAGCUCGAAACCCUAGGCUUCAUCCGCCACCGAAAUUUGGUACGAUUGUUGGCAUACAUCUUCAAGGAGGACUCUCACUUGUUGGUGUACGAGUACAUGCCAGGGGGAAGUCUGCAAGAUGCGCUGCACCGGGUAGCUACUGGUAACUUGACACUGUCAUGGCCUGAACGCCAUCGCAUCUUAUGCGGUGUUGCUCAAGGGCUUGCGUAUCUCCACAAUGAGUCUCUCGGCAGCUCCAUCGUGCACCGUGACUUGAAACCCGCCAAUAUCUUGCUGGACGAAGGAUACGAAGCAAAGCUCGGUGACUUCGGCCUGGCAGCUGUCGUCCCCCUGAAGGCCACUCACGCCACCACUGAAGUGCUUGCUGGCACCAUCGGAUUCAUUGCACCAGAAUAUCAUCAAACGAUGAGGUACUCGCAAAAGAGUGACGUGUUUAGCUUCGGUGUCGUGAUUGCCCAACUCGUCACAGCUCGUAACCCAACCGACCAAUUCGUCGUGGAGAAUGGCGGUAGUAUUGGCCAAUGGCUCCACAAGUGUCUCCAAUCGAGCAAUGGAGUCGAAGCAAUCGAUCCCGCCUUGCAGGCGUCAGGGUACGAGACCGAGAUUCUCUUGGCUAUGAAGAUUGCCGUCUUCUGCACACACGUUGACCCUCAGCAACGCCCCAAGAGCAUUGAAGUGCUGAAAAUGCUCUUGCAGAUCCGAAAUCCCGACCCUGUUCCCGCAGAACGUAACUUAAGUCCCGACAUUGUCGAGAGUGACGUUAUGACCCUCCCAUCUAGUGAUUCUCUAAGAUUUCCAGUAUCCGGAGCAACGUCCCUGACUAGCAGCUAUUAAUCAGUCACAUCAACACUUGGAUCGCCUGUGAAGUGUAUCCAUGAGUAUGUCGCAUAACGUUUAAUCUCGUGCAACGCAUUUUUUUCCUGGAGUUGUCACACGCAGCGAGGUGUAAUUAGUGAAUUGAUCAGCGUCUUAUGUAAGUCGACGCAAUCAUCUAGCACCCUUUUUGUGCAUCACAAACCCUAAGUGAGGCUCUCUUCUCUGCCGCAGACAGAAGCUUAAUCUGGUGCAAUAUUACUUAUUCGCGCACCAGCGAAAGUAGAAUAGUUUAUGCUAAUCUGAAGCAGUUAUAAAUAUUUCCAUAUGAUGUACGAGGAUACAGUAAACGUGCAUCUGAUAUAUAGACAUUACAAUAGAGAGUGGGAAAAAAA